CAAGAAAAUUAUUGUUUUAAGAAACAAAGAAAUUAUUGUUAAAAUAAAAUUAAGUGAGAAUGUAAAAAUUUUUAAAAUUUAAUAUAAUGGAUUCCAAGAAAAUAUUUGUGAUAAUUUUAAAAAAUGCGACGAAGGAUGUUUUUGUUAGAACGAGCAUAAUUGUAAUAGUAUUAUUGUCAGUAUUUAUGAGUUUCGUUUUAGGUUGUAAAGUUGGUUUUCUAAUUCUCAUUUCUUUUGCAACUGGCUGUGCUGUUGCUGUUGCAUUGAUAGUUAAAAAGGAAAAUAUAAAAAAAUUUGUUUUAAAACUCAAGCAGAUAUAUCAGCAAUCACAGCCCAAGUUGGAUGGUACAAAAAAUAGUUGUGAUAUUUGUAAAGCAAAGGAUUGCAAAAGGCAUAUUACACAACAAAAAACGCAAAGGGAGCCUUGGUCAGAGAUUUACAUUGAUUCAAAUUUAGAUGCAGCUAUUGAAAGCUUUUACUCAAAGAUAAUUGGGAGUUUUAUUCAGAGUUGGUUCGUUUUAGUAAGUUCCGAUUCUGACUUCGUCAAGACAUUAAAACAAGGGUUAAGACAAGCCACGGCGAACUUGAUUGAUAAGGUUAGUAAAUUGGAUGCCCCCUUGUUUAUUACCCAGAAAUUAUUACCCAUACUAUUUCAACAUACGGAAGUUAUUACACAAAUGUUGGAAGACGGUACUACUCUUGACAAGUUGCCAAAUCAAUUUGUUUUGAAAGAUCAAAAUAUUCAUCCAGCUGUUUGUUCAAGGCAAUCUGAAAAAGAUUAUUUAAGAGCAGUAGCAAAAUGUUUAAUUCCAAAAAUAUUUCAUAGUGAAAAUUUCGACAGCAAGAUAUUUUUUAGUUUAAUCCGUGAAAUUUUAGCAUGCUGGGUUUUAUUGCCAUUGAUGGAUGUACUAUGCGAUCCAAAUCUAUUAAAUUUGAUGGUUAUUAAUAUAAUAAGUAAAGGUCAAAACGAAAAAUUAAAAGUCAGGGGCCCUGGAACUAAAGUUGAGUUUCUGAAGCAUUUUGUUGAGGAUAGUGAAGCUAAUAUUAUCUUAAAAGAUCCAAGCAUAUUAACAAAUAGCGAUAAAUUAUACGCUUUUAUGCAGUAUCUAAAAAAAAUUGAAGUCGUUGAUGCUUUAAGGUUUUAUUUGGAUGUUGAAAAUUUGAAUAAAGAGCUGCAAGACGCAAAAACAAUAUCUGAUCCUGCAAAAUUAUCAGCUCUGUAUCAGGAAUCCGAAAAAUUAAUGAAAGACUAUAGAAGUUUAGUAACCACUGACAAGCUGGCAGAAUUGACUGAAGCCAAAACUUUGAGCGAAGCUCAUGAAAAUAUAAAAAAUUUACUAGAAGGUGAAUGGAGAAAAUCAUUUAGCAAAACUCCAGAAUAUUUCAAAUUAAUAUAUGGAUCUAGACAAAUUGAUUUCGCUGAGGAUAGUAGAAAUAUGGAUCAAAACUGGGGUGUAGCAAGACUCCGUUCAAAAAUUAAGGGAGCUUUUAAAGGAACCGUGGAUGGUACCUCAUUUGAAGCAACUGAAAUUCCUACUGUAUGGGAUGCGCUGGCUGAACCUAACCUUCCAUCUUCGAGCACAGUUAUUAAUAGCAAUUCAACUCAGAAAUUAAAAAGAGAACGUGGUCAAAAUUUAGAUUCAUUUCUAUUGGUAUUUCUACAGUCUCUGGAACAAAGUACCGAUGUGGGCGAAGAUGUCAUUAAAGUCAAUGAAAAAAAAUUAAUUGGUAAGAGCCACUAUUCUACAGGAUUUAAUCCUGUGUUUGGAAAUUUAUUUUGUUUAAACAAAGCCUCAAAAAAUUUCCAAAUGUCUUCGUAUAUUUCAUUUGAAACAAUUGGCCCUUCUAGAUCACUUUUAUAUAUAGUUAAUAAUUUAUUGAGAACAUCAAAAAUUAUUGUAAAAUUCAUAUACUCAAUGAUAAAAUUGUCACAAGAUGCAAUUGAUUUUCUUAUAUACCAUGGAAUCAAUAAAUUAAUCAGUUUAGGAUUAUAUCAGCCACGUUUAGGUGCUUUAAUAAGACUAUUGGAAGAGCAUAUAUUUGAAGAUGAGCGUGUAGAUGUAACACCAGAAGAACUAUUAGAAAGACAAAGAAAAGCUAGAAAAAUGCUGGAAAAUCUGUUGAAUGGAUCUGGAUAUUUAUUGGACAUGUUGCAAUCUCCUCCAUUGAAUAAGCAUUUAAUGUAUUGUGCAUUUGAUUCUUUAUUAUCUGAGUUGUAUCCAGAAUUCAAGGGAUAAAUAAAUUUUAUGCAUUUAGAAUUA